ACAUGAGAUUGAAAUAAUAACAGAAUGGAGUGGUGGUCGUGAUAUGGUGAGAUUGUGUGCGUAGUGACAGUGGUCAGUCGUGGUGCGGUGCGCUAACUAACUGGUCAUGGAUCGCAUCAGGUUCAAAGUUAACGGAGUGGAGUGCUCGGUGGGUUGCGAGGUAAGCUCGGACACGACUCUGCUGGACUUCAUCAGAGGUACGCUGCGGUUGCCAGGCACCAAGUACAUGUGUCGCGAGGCCGGCUGCGGCGCGUGCAUCGUAACCGCCGUGAAGUGCCCCGGCACGACACACACCUCAGUUAACGCGUGUAUGGUGUCGGUAACAUCUUGUCAAGACUGGGACGUGACGACCAUUGAGCACCUGGGGAACAAACUGAAAGGUUACCAUGUAAUACAGAAGACACUCGCGGAAAACAACGGCUCCCAGUGCGGCUACUGCAGCACAGGCUGGGUAAUGGCCAUGCACAGUUUAUUGCAGAGCAAAAAGGACCGUACAAUGUUAGAAAUAGAGCAGUCUUUUGGAAGCAAUGUCUGCAGAUGCACCGGCUAUCGCCCUAUUCUACACGCAUUUAAGAAAUUCGCUACAGAUGCUCCCAAUUCGGACAAGAUACGUGAUAUAGAGGAUCUACAAAUUUGCAAAAAGACCGGAGACGAAUGUAAAAGCGAUUGUGAAGACUCCGAAUGGUGUAUUGUGAACAAAGAUGACGUUGAAAAACAAACAGUUAAUCAUGUAAAGUUAGAAGACGGACGCGAAUGGUUUCGAGUUUUGGAACUAAUCGAUGCUUUCAACAUACUGCGAGUGAAUGGUGACGAUUCUUACAUGCUGGUUGCAGGAAACACAGCUAAAGGUGCAUAUCCGAUAUUCAGAUAUCCCAGAAUAUUGAUUGACAUCAGCAUGGUGAGUGAACUGAAGCAAGUAGUGAUGGAUCAGAACUUGGUGAUCGGCGCCGGGUCGACCAUCACCGAGGUCAUGGAAGUUUUCCUGCGACUCUCCAGACAUCACUACUUUGAAUAUCUCCUAAAGCUGCAUGAACACCUUACGCUCGUUGCACACAUACCAGUCAGAAAUUUGGGUACAAUUGCUGGAAACCUGAUGAUUAAACAUGAGCAUCGUGAAUUCCCAUCAGAUAUCUUUCUACUACUCGAGACCGUUGGAGCUCAAAUCACAAUUUUGUUUUCCACAGGACUGCGCAAGGUUGUUACGAUGCAAAACUUUCUAAAUGAGAACAUGAGAGGAAAAAUUAUUCUUAAUGUGCUUUUUCCACCUCUGAAAGACUAUAAAGUGGUGACGUUUAAGGUAAUGCCAAGAGCUCAAAAUGCUCACGCAAUAGUGAACGCGGGAUUCCUGUACAAAGGACAUAAUAACAUAGUGCAUGAAACAAGAAUAGUGUACGGUGGCUUGUCGCCUACAUUUGUGCGGGCAAUCAACACUGAGCGGUAUCUGAUCGGCAAAUCUUUGUUCACAAACGAGACACUGCAGACCGCACUGCAUAUCCUCAACGCAGAGUUGGUGGUGACUGACAAUCCUCCAGAAGCAUCAGUAGAAUACAGGAGGCAGUUGGCCCUGGCAUUGUUUUAUAAGGGUCUAUUAACAUUAUGCCCUGACGACAUUCUGCACCAGCGGUAUAGAUCAGGUGCGAUCAAACUGAAAGAAACCAGGCCGGUGUCUGACGGCAAACAAAUAUUUGAUACCAACCCAACUUUGUGGCCUCUCAAUCAACCGAUACCAAAACUGGAAGGGCAGAUCCAAUGUUCAGGCGAGGCGAUGUACGCGGAAGACAUACCGCCUUUGCCACGGGAGGUGUUCGCUUCCUUUGUCCUCAGCUCUGUGGCCCUCGGAGAUAUAGACCUCGUUGAUUCCACUCAAGCUUUGAGGGAACCAGGAGUUAUAGCAUUUUAUACAGCAAAAGAUAUACCAGGUGUUAACUCAUAUACACCGUCCGGUGCAUUGCUGAGUCCGAUUAACGAAGAACUAUUGUGCGACGGCAAAGUCAAAUAUUAUAACCAACCCAUAGCAAUAGUUGUCGCUAAAACACGUGCAAUAGCUGACAGAGCCGCCCAAUUGGUAACUGUUAGUUAUAAAAAUGUGAAAAAACCUCUUCUCGAUGUCAAAAUAGCUAAAAAUGAAGCAGGGAGAAAUACUAUGUUUUUGAACAUACCACAAACGGACAGGGGCAAUGAUGUGAUUAAAGUGAUAAAUGGUUCGUUCACUAUCUACGGGCAAUAUCACUUUUGUAUGGAGACGCUGGUGUGUGUGAGCAAGCCUACCGAGGAGGGCUUGGAGGUGCACUCAGCCACGCAGUGGAUGGACGGGGUGCAAGUUGCCACGUCGCGUGCAUUGAAUCUACCACAGAACAAGAUCGACGUACACGUGCGUCGUAUCGGCGGCGCGUACGGCUACAAGAUAGUUGGUGUAAAUUCGCAAGGAGUCGUGCAAUAUUUGAAUUACGAUCUGUACGAUGACCACGGGUAUAUUAUAAAUGAACCUUUCUUGGCCCUCACAACGGAUAUUUACAAUAAUUGCUACAACAAAGCAAGAUGGAAUUACAGAUCGUUUAACACCACCACCGACAAUCCGUCGAAUACUUGGUGUAGAUCUCCAGGUACUCUUGAAUGUAUAGCAAUGACAGAAUCAAUUAUGGAACGAAUUAGUUAUGAACUGACGUUAGAUCCUAUACAAGUGCGUGUGGCCAAUCUCGACCCCGAAGUGCAAAAAGAUAUGACAGAGUUGUCUGAAACAAUUACGAAGAAUUCUCAGUAUACGGAACGUAGAAGUGCAGUCGAUAAAUUUAAUAGAGACAAUCGUUGGAAGAAACGCGGACUGAGAGUUGCGUUCAUGAAGUGGGUUCCUGUUGGUAAUUUCUAUUUGGAUAUUAACAUGUCAGUUUACCAUGAUGACGGAACUGUUGUCCUUACUCACAGCGGCAUCGAAAUGGGCCAAGGAAUAAAUACUAAAGCUGUGCAAAUCUGUGCUUAUUUCCUUAAAAUACCUGUGGAAAUGGUUCAGAUCAAAGCGAACAAUACUAUUAUAGCACCGAAUGCUUUUAUAUCUGGUGGAAGUUUGACAUCACAAUACGUUGGUAUCGGUGUACAGAAAGUUUGCGAGGCUUUCUUAGUGAAAUUGGAACCUGUGAGGAAUCGAAUGACGAAUCCGAGCUGGGUGCAACUGAUACAAAGUGCAUUCGCCGCUGACGUCGAUCUGCAAACACACGCUCACGUUAACAGCGCAGACGUGCAGAAAUAUAAUAUAUACGGCGCAACGAUAGCUGAAGUCGAAGUAGAUAUAUUAACUGGCCAAACGGAGAUACUAAGAGUUGAUAUAUUAGAAGACGUCGGAAGGAGUGUCAGCCCGGAAAUAGACAUUGGUCAAGUUGAAGGAGCAUUCGUAAUGGGCCUUGGUUAUUGGACGUCGGAAAAUUUAGUAUACGAUCCUAAUACAGGAGAGUUGUUGACAAAUCGUACCUGGGAAUACUGGGUGCCUCAGGCGAGGGAUAUACCACAAGAUCUUAGAAUAUAUUUCAGAAAAAGAUCGUACAGCAACGACGCUAUCCUCGGAUCGAAAGCGACGGGAGAGCCGGCCACAUGUAUGGCGAUAGCUGUGCCUUUUGCAAUAAGAGAGGCCAUUUCAGCAGCAAGACUGGAAUGUGGUGUACCUACCAAUCAAUGGUUUGAUUUAGAUGGACCGUAUACUUAUGAAAAGAUCUGUCUCGCAGCCGCUACUAACUUUGAGUUAUUUAAAUUUAAUUAAACUUUAUUUUUAAAAUACUAUUAGCGAAAUUGUAAUUCAA